AUGAACAGCAUGUCGACACCUGUUCUGGCUCCUGGUGAUGCCGCGGCCUUACAAACCUCAGGCUUGGCAAGUCCCCCCUCUUCUGAGGGCACUCGACGCAUCCACAAACGACGUUUGAAUCGAUCCAGCGAUGAAGAGGAAAGUCAUCUCCCGCUCACGCCCGUGUCGAUGGACAGCAUGCCCGGUUGCUUCGUCACUAUCCCUGAAGACCUGAUCUCGUUUGCGACGCUGAAGUAUCUCGGAUACAAUCACGAUAUGGCGAUGCGCAUCUGGCAUCGAUGGACCAACUGGUCCCCUGGACCCAUCAAUCGCGAAUGCGACGAUCCCGAAAACGGCAUCCCAUUCAUCGAAGUCGCAGAGGGCAAUCUUGAUCAUGCGCCCGAUACUUCUGAUGAGGAUGAUCUCGCUUGGCUCCAGUGUCUGACUCAGUAUGGCAUGGACACCGAGUUCACGAACGCAAUCAUGGAUUCGAAGUUUCGCCAAAUCCGCCUCACGCAAUCGUGCAAGUUCUGGGCACAGGACACCAUCAAACUCCGAUACCGUGCGCUCGUGGAGGUACAAGAGGCAUCUCGUGAACGUGAACGCCAAACUCAGCGUGAAGCUUCGCGCCCGGUCAGAAACAACCCUGGUCCUUCCACACAAAGAUCCGUGUCUGAAUCGUUGAGAACGGCCUCAUGGAUCUCGGCGGAGACUGCUUUAUCUCCCUUCGCAGCCGAUGUAGCGGCAAAUGCACCGGGAGUAACACACCUGUACAGAGGAGGAGACAAAGCGUGGAUCAAUGGUCUUUUCCGCGAUGAUGGCAGUCUUCAUGUCGGUUGCCUUGCAGCCAGACCGCCAGCGGAUUUCUCGGCAAGAACAGCUCUUGAUAUCUACCUCGCUGUUGAUCGAGAAGUUGCUAUUUGUUAUGCAGGUUACGCCAAACGUCGCUCUGGUGCCAGUGCCGUGGUGAUCGUUCACGUUACGAUCCCAAACUCAGUGAUUGAGUCUCUAACACCUUCUGAGAUCCAACGUGUGUAUUGGCCGAGCAUGGAGUGGAAGAAUCUGGUGCUCAGCUGUCGCCAAAUGCGCAAAGUACCUACCCAACUUCGAAAAUAUAUGUUGGCCACGAUUGUGAUUGGCUCGAUCUGCAACAAGCCGAAAGCGGUCAUGGCUAAUUGGAGUUCUCCUGAGGAUAUCACAGAAAGAAUGGUCUUCAGAACAAACGAUGGUCGUGUGGCUGUGCAGUAUGUUUUUAAAGGGGAGGAAGGAUUUGGUCUGUUGGAAGAAUCGGCUCAAUUUACCGUCUUCCCUCUGACAAACCGAGAGUUCGCUGCUUGGCAUGAAGUUAUCUGA